UUCCCCAUUUUUUAAUGCGCUCCUGCCUCAAGUUUCUCCGGUGUCAGAAGCAUAAAACCAAAACACCAGAUUCUGAAGAGAGGGAGAGAGAGAGGGGGGGGUGUUUUAAUAUUGUGAAAACGAUGAGGCAGAGGACUAUUCUUUCUCUGCACUCUUUCGAUGUUCCUCUGUUUCGCAUGGACAUGAACACUUAUCAUUCCUCUCUGUUUUGAAUUUUUCCUGUCAUGUGCUUAUCAUCGCACAACAGGACAACACCACCCCAGUCAUGCGAACCCAACAACACUCUUUUUCUCAGUCAAAACAUUCCUCAAAAUUGGCACUUUCCCCUCCUCCUUCUCCUCCUCCUCGGAUCAUGCCCAUGUUGGUCUCUUCGUUCAUUGCUCUUUGUUUACUAAGCCCUGUUCUUUCACAGCCUGCAACAGCAGCAGAGUCCAUUAACAAACCACCAGUCAACCAAACUUUCCAUCCAUAUAACGAGCUGCACAAGCUGAAGAAAGUCCACUUUUAUCUCAAGAAAAUCAAUAAACCUGCGGUGAAGACCAUUCAGAGCCCAGAUGGCGAUUUGAUAGACUGUGUGCUUACUCAUCUUCAACCUGCUUUUGACCACCCUCAGCUCAAAGGGCAGAAACCACUGGAUCCACCGGAGAGGCCAAAGGGCAAUGACUCAACCGCAGAUGAAAUCGCAGAUGGUUUUCAGCUAUGGGCCGAGGCAGGUGAGUCAUGCCCAGAAGGAACAAUUCCAAUCAGAAGAACCACAGAGAGAGACAUGCUCAGGGCAAGUUCCAUUAGAAGGUUUGGAAGGAAGCUGGGGAGAAAUGUGAGGAGGGACUCAGCAGGCAGUGGUCAUGAGCAUGCAGUUGUGUACGUGAAUGGGGACCAAUUCUAUGGAGCCAAAGCGAGCAUAAACGUGUGGGCACCCCGUGUCACCGACGAGUAUGAGUUUAGCUUAUCGCAAAUAUGGGUAAUUUCAGGUUCCUUUGGCAAUGACCUUAACACAAUCGAAGCCGGAUGGCAGGUUAGCCCGGAAUUAUAUGGAGAUAACUACCCAAGGUUCUUCACUUAUUGGACUACAGAUGCAUACCAAGCAACUGGCUGCUACAACCUACUGUGCUCAGGCUUUGUUCAGACAAACAGAAGGAUCGCUAUUGGAGCCGCUAUCUCGCCGAGGUCUUCUUACAACGGCAGACAAUUUGACAUUAGUGUAAUGGUUUGGAAGGAUCCAAAGCACGGACACUGGUGGCUCCAAUUUGGUUCAGGCCUACUUGUGGGAUACUGGCCAGCAUACUUGUUCAGUCACUUGAGAAGCCACGCGAACAUGGUGCAAUUCGGAGGUGAAAUCGUCAACACCAGAUCGAGAGGCUACCACACCUCCACGCAGAUGGGCAGUGGCCAUUUCGCCGGUGAAGGGUUCAAGAGGUCAUCGUACUUUCGGAACUUACAAGUCGUGGAUUGGGACAACAGCCUGAUCCCUCCGUCAAACCUACGCAUUUUGGCCGAUCACCCGAACUGCUACGACGUGAGCCAAGGGAGGAACAGAGUUUGGGGGACUUACUUUUACUAUGGAGGUCCUGGAAGAAAUGUGAGAUGUCCAUGAUCAGAUCAGAAUGACUCAAAUUGUAGAGUUUUUCCUUUUUCUUCCUUCUUUCUUGCUUAAGCUGUUAGCCAUUUCGCUUUCAGAUAAAUUUAUCUUUUUUUCUUCCCUAGGCAUCACAUGGUUUGAGUUGGUAUUGCUACAAAAUUUACAUGGUUCUUUUGUUUUCCCUGACAGCUUGCUGAUUGGAUGAUCCCAGUUUUGGCAAUUAUGUAUAUCUUCGAGCUAUUGAGUGUUAAUAAUAAUAGCUGAUUUAUCUUGGACC